GUGUAUAUGUGCUUUCGCUCGCAACUCGGCACCUUGCUCUGCAAAAUGCUUUAAAAUCUCCGAAUUUCUUGGGUUCUCUUUUAAAAUUAUCCUAGCGGGGAAAGGACGAAAACGACAUUUAUACGAAGUCUGCCAAAAAGUCGAGCAGGUGGUACGACGGCGUCGUCGGGAGUCAAGAAGUCUCACUCAAUUCUGACUGCAGCUCGCAGUGCCGCUUGUCACCUGAGUGUGAUAACAAGACAACAUGUCCAAAAUGUCCCAGGAAAGUUACGCCGCCCUGGAUGAGUCCUCUCUCCGAGCGUUGUUGGAUGGAACCGUGGAUCUGGACGAGAGACGCCUCAUCCGUUCAGCCAUUCGCGAGUUGAGGAGAAGAGAGAUCGAGGACAUGGAGGCUGCACUGGCCAGCAAGAGGUUUCGCCACACACGACUCAAACAGGAGGACAAGGAAAACCAGCACAGGUCAGACUCCAGCGAGUCCUUGGAGGUCUUAUCGCAUAAGCUAAAAGCAAUCAGAGAUGUCGACGAGCUCACCAAGAUGCUACGUGCCGCCGGCGAAUAUGAAGAGAGGAAGCUGAUUAGAGCAGCAAUUCGACAAAUCCGAGAAGAGCAACAGCAAGGGACAGUGGAGAGGGUUAAAGCCUCUGGUCGCGGCCUGGAGACAGAUCGUCUGGAGCCCCAAAUUUUCAAGGGGUCUGUGCGGAGAGAGCAAGAUUGUGAUCAAGACCACAUCAAAUCUCAGAUCCGGGAGUUGCGUGGGCAGCAAACAAACCAAAGCCGAGAGUUACAGAGACUAGGCUCCAACUCAGGCAUGGUACUCGUUCUUGACCACCUGGUGAAAGGGGAUGGCUCUGGACCUCUGCUGAUCCAGCCACAACGAGAAGCAGUGGCCUCAGAGCCUGAUUUGAUCCUGUCCCACCGUCAUAGGUCUGAUUCUGCUGCUUCGGACUGCAGCGUGGCCUCAUUAGUUUCCAGAUCCAACAUGGAUUCUGUGGUUGAAGAAAACAGCCUGAGCUCGACCUACAGGACCCGUUCGGACUCUGGAUCCUCGGAGAGAAGCCAGCGCUCCUCUCAGCACAGCAGACAAGACUCUGGAACAUCAGAGCCUUGUAUUGAAUCUCAGUCUUUCAGCAAUCAGACACUUGGCACAGAUGUCUCUGAUUCUUGUGUCGGGCUCACUUUGGGUUCUGAAAAUUCUAACAGCAAUGAUUUGUCAAGAAACUGCAAUGACUCUCGAACGUCAGAUUGCAGUGUGAUCAUGUCUCUUGACGAGACGUCUCCGGCAGAUGAGGCGGAGGUGGACACAGAUGGCUCACCUUGCUGUUCCAAUUUAGAAACCGAAACUAUUAGCGUCCAAUGUCUGUCCAGCCAGGACCACCAGUUCGACCAGGACCUUGUGGACGGAUCUGUCUUGUCUCGCAGAGCUCUUGAAACCAGCCCGGUCAAUGGUAGUGCAGAGGGAAAGCUGGAUUUCCUGAGACAAAAGAUAGCAGCAUGUGAUUCAACCCUGACUCAUGACAAGGAAGCUGCACCACAAAAGCUAGAUGCUCCUUUGGAACAGUCCAAGCGCACCAACUCAGUACGUGAUCGGAUGCGCAAGUUCAACGAGCCCAGUCAGAACAUAAUUUUCUCAUCUUUGAAGAAGGCUCCCCUGAGUAGCAGUGGCCAGACAAACUUCUCCAGAGCCACGGAACUGUUUACUCCCACAGCGACAUCCCUCAUCUCCUCUGGCACAAGGCCAACAUGGUCGCGCAUAGACUCUGCAGCUCACACCUCUGCCGCAUCCAAGAGUCAGGCCACACCUCAACUAAGAGGCGUGGCUAACAAACCUCUGUCUUCUACCGGCCAAUCCCAGCAGUCCAUGGGUGGUACGAAGCACACGAGUGAAAAGAAUGGGUCCGUCUUAGGAGAUUCAAAUGAAGACCAGACCCCAGGGACAGAGACUGGACAGCAGUGCACCCAAGAAGAAGCCGACCCAGACAUGAAGACAUUCCUCACCAUUGAGAUCAAAGAUGGACGUGCUGCAUCCUCCCAAAGGGGCAACCUUGUACCCAUCAGCAACAUGACCCCGCGCAUCACAACUAAUGCUCUUGGGCAGAGAACAGAGCUGACCCUUGGCCUUAGAGCUUCACCAUUCAAGAUUUCCUCUUCCUCCAGUUUCCUAUCUGGAUCCUCCAUUAAGAUGGAGACGGAGCCUAUCACCACCUCAGAGCCGAUGUUUUCAUCCGGGCCCUCAGUUCAAGUACACAUCCCCACCGUCCCAAAUGGUUCUACAAUCCAGGCCAGUGCUGAGGACUGUCCUGCAAAACUGACUGGUGACCAGUUGGCUGCCAUUGAGGAUGAAGAGCUCCUUGAUAAAAUGCUUGAUGAGUCGAAAGAUUUUGAGGAGAGGAAAAUGAUCCGUGCAGCCAUGAGGGACCUUCGUAAGAAAAAGAGAGAGGCCAUGUUGGGAUGUACUCAAGAAGAAAUAGACCAGAGAGAAAAAGAACGCGAGACUCGUCUACAAGAGCUCCGGCAGCAAAGAGACGAGCGUUCUAACAAAAGUCGUGCCGGUGUUGGAGCAGGAGAAGUGGUGAUGAGGAAGGUGGAGAAGUCUGCAGAUGGGUCCACCCUUAGCCAAGUCACCAAGACAGACCGUUUUGCCCAGUCUGAUGAUGGGAGCAGAUCAUCUCGCAGCACUGUUGUUGAGGCCAGCUAUGUGCAGAAAACGGACAGAGGAACAGUCCAGUCUAAAUCCUAUAGCUAUACAUCUUCAUCGUCCUCAAAUACAAGCAAAAAAGUAGGCAGUGUGUUUGAUCGCGAGGACGAGUCAUCGUCUCGCAGCGGCGGGUUAGCCGCGGUGGAGCGAAGGCAGGCCGAGAGGCGCAAGGAGCUGAUGAGGGCACAGACUUUGCCCAAGACUUCAGCCAUGCAGGCCCGCAAAGCCAUGAUAGAGAAGCUGGAGAAGGAGGGAGGCGGCCCGGGACAGGGAGUUUCCAAAAUAAACAAAGUGCAACGUUCCACCAGCUUUGGCGUACCUAACGCUAACUCCAUCAAGCAGAUGCUGCUCGACUGGUGCCGUGCCAAGACCCGCUCAUAUGAGCAUGUGGAUAUACAAAACUUUUCAUCCAGCUGGAGUGACGGCAUGGCAUUCUGUGCACUGGUGCACAAUUUCUUUCCCGAGGCCUUCGACUACAGCGCCCUGAGUCCCAGCAACCGCAGGCAAAACUUUGAGGUGGCCUUCAGUAAUGCAGAGACAUUCGCCAAUUGCAUGCCUCUGCUGGAAGUGGAGGACAUGAUGAUCAUGGGAAACAAACCCGACUCCAAGUGUGUCUUCACCUACGUGCAGUCUCUGGUCAACCACCUGCGCAGGCACGAGAUGGCCAUGGGUCGGCCUUCUGACCUUUGACAAGUGUGACGUGAAAAUCAACUUCGGUGUGGCAGGUCACACCUUCGCUAAUGAACAACGCAGGGUGGAUUGUGUGCGUGAGUGGGUUAAAUAUUUCUGUCAGCCAUGUUGCUCUUGCCCUUUUGCCAUGAUAGUUUUGAAGAAGCCAUCUUUUUAAAUGUAACCUUUUUUUUUACCACACCCACCUAUUUUGUUUUUAAAAUUCAGUCAUAUUCAUGCUAUUGACACAGAAAAGAGGCAAUGCUCUAUUUAACUUAUUUAUACGUUUUCUAUUGUCAUUAGUGCAACUAAACAAUAAGAUCAUGCCGAGAGAUUGCCAUUAAAUUUUGGUACUAAACCUAAACCCCCUUGCCCUCCGACACAAUUUCGGUUAUUAUAUUUAGAUUUAAGUUAUUUUCUUUGGGGUGUUCAUUUAAUAUUUUAAUAUAUUCAGUCACACUGGGUUGUUUUUUGUAUUGGCUAUAAAUCUGUAUUCAUAUCGGUAUAAGCUCAGCUGUGCUACUGAAAAUAAGAAUCAGGUUUGGACUUAUGUACUAUGUAUUACAAUGACAAAUGAUCAGUGAUGUUGCCACCACCAUCAUUAUGCACGUUUGUUUUAAAUAGUGGUCUAUUGGGGAAGGGAUUAUAGUGAAUUCCUUGUUUUUGUCGGCCUGAUGAGCUAUAGCUUUGUUCAAACUAACCAAUGUAUAUUUUACCCAAAAAAAAAAAAAGUUUUAAAAAUCAUUAUUAGAUGUAUGUUUUCAUGUCUACAGUUUGCAGUGUUUUAAGUUUUUGGAUAAAACAAAAUGUAUUGACUUGUUCUGUGGCUCUUAAGAAAAUUGGGACAAAUGCAUACACUAUCCUAGAGCUGCAAAGUUCCUCAAGAGCUCAAGACACUAUUUCAUGUUUCUGUGCACCGACCGCACUUCAAUGUGAAUAUAUUAAAGCAGAGAAACAUUUCUUUGUGGUGGAUUAUUGAUUUGUGAUCUAAAUGUCACAUUCUGCAAUUGAACAAAGGCUAGGUUCAUACCACAGGUUUUAAUGCAGAAUUCCAAAUUCUUUUGUCGUGCCCCUUCAGACGGCCUAUGUCCAAUGAGCCCGUUCAAGUAUCGCGUAUGUGCAGUCCGAGAUGCGCUGUGCAAACUGACCCGCAUGCGCAUCACAGCAAAUGCUGGCUCAACGUCAUUGUAAUUUCUAAGGUGAUCAUAUUAUGAUUUCCAAAAAGAGGACACAAAUAACUGACAUAAAUAUCCCCAUUUUGUCUUAUAUUCAAAGUUCAAAUGGAUUGAUAGCAUGCAUGCAUGCACGCACGCACAUAAUAUACAGUGCCCUCCAUAAUUAUUGGCACCCCUGGUUAAGAUGUGUUUUUUAGCUUCUAAUAAUUUUUUUUAUUCAAAUAAUAUGGGACAAUGGGGGAAAAAAAUCCAACCUUCAAUACAAGUGCAUUUUUUCAGUGGGGAAAAAAUCCCACAUAAAUAAUUAUUUGACAUCAAAUCAUCAAUGUGUGUCACAAUUAUUAGCACUAGGGUUGUUCCGAUCGUGUUUUUUUUGCUCCCGAUCGUUUUGAGUAUCUGCCGAUCCCGAUAUUUCCCGAUCCGAUUGCUUUUUUUUUCUUCUCCCGAUUCAAUUCCAAUCAUUUCCGAUAAUUUUUCCCGAUCAUAUACAUUUUGGCAAUGCAUUAAGAAAAAAAUGAAUAAAACCCGGACGAAUAUAUACAGUACAUAAGUACUGUAUUUGUUUAUUAUGACAAUAAAUCCUCAAGAUGGCAUUUACAUUAACAUUCUGUGAGAGGGAUCCACGGAUAUAAAAGACUUUUGACUUUGUAUAUUGUGACUAAAUAUUGCCAUCUAGCGUAUUUGUUGAGCUUUCAGUAAAUGAUACUGUAGCCAUGCCCAAAUGCAUGAUGGGAAGUGGAAACAUGACUGUGCGUAGUGCUACCAAUUAAUAUAUCUUCUCUGCGUUGGGAAAUAACAUAAGGUGUAAAGAAAAAGAUCAAUUGUUAGCUUGCUUCCCCACAAUUCUUCCCAUAUUUCUAAUUAUAGAAGGCUUGUAAGGCUUUAGCCAAUUAAAAAAAGGCUCCAAAGCCUGCCAAAAUUCACUACUCAUUUUACGCUGCCUUUUAUCUCUCUAUAUGGGUAAGACGGUGCCAUAACAGAUUGAGCGCGACAAUGUGUGGGUGGGUCGUGCAGCGCAUGCAUUAAUUGCGUUAAAUAUUUUAACGUGAUACAUUUAAAAACAAAAUUACCGCCGUUAUCAGGAUAAAUUUGAUAACCCCACCAUAAGCCUAAACUAAAGACUCUGGAUGAGUGUAACAUAUUAUGUUUGUAACAAAUAUAAUUAGAAAACAAUUUAAUUAAAAAAUAUAUAUAUUAAAAAAAAGGCAUGGCCAAUAUUUUUUUGCCGAUUCCAAUACUUUGAAAAUGACGUGAUCGGUACAUCUCUAGUGCCAAUAAUUAUGGAGGGACUGUAUGUGGCUCAGAUUACAUUUUAACCACAUAUAAAAGUGACCUAGAUCGGAUUUGAAAUGGUCCACUUUUAUGCGACCUGUCCCGUUCAGACGGUCAAGUUAAUGCCCGAGUCGGAAAAACACCGAAAAAUUGGAUUUGUGCAGACAGUCGGUAUGAACCUAGCCAAAGUGUUUCGGUAAAACCAGAACUAAAAAUUGAGCUUCGUUGGUUUCUCUUUUAGUAAAACCAUAAUACACUUGUAUUUUAAACAGUUUUAUUCUUCUACAGUGGUGACACGUGAAUCUUUUUGUGUUUAGCAGCCAACCCACCUCUGCUUGCAGCAUCAGCCUCAGGCCAAUCAGAUUUUUAGCCUGCGGCUUCAUUAAGUAGGUCGGAAGCAAACACAAGCGGACACAAGUGAGGGGUUUUAAAGAUGUGAAAAAAGUAUGCUGGAGAUCAAUCGCCACCAAAAGAAUCCUCAAAGUCAUUUAUGACUAUUUUUUUUCCUCCUCUGUACCAGGUUCUGCUAGUGUUGUCUAGCAGCAUUCCCAAAUAUUGUAGCAUUGUUACAAGUCAUUGUGCCCAGGCUCUGAGGGUGCAGCGGUCUGUGUGACCACAGUUGCAGUAGCGGGCUUGUCCACUGGCUCACUUUCAAAGGGGCUGUUUUUGGCGGGAGAGAAGCGAAACUCCUCUGGCACUUCGCUGUUGGCUUCUGCCUUCUUGUAGAAACCCAGUUUGGCUAGAAGCUUGUUGAUCUCCAUGCGCGUCAUAUCUGACAAGGGGAUUCUCUAAUGAGACAAAAAUUCAUGUUUAAUGUUUAAAAUAAAUGUUUGAGUUUAUAAGAAGCCAAAAUAUUAGCAUAUUAUAUGACAUUGUCAAUGAAAAACUAACCUGAAAAUGGUAUUUCAAUGUAAUUUACUGAUAUAUAUAUAUAUAUUUUUUUUUCUUUUCUAAAACAUGUCCUGUGUAGGCGUUCAAUGUAUUUGACACGGAGAAUGGACGUCUAAUUGUCCGGUUGGUCUGAACAGUUUUAAUGUUUCACAUUAAGAGUAGUGCUGCAACGAUUAAUCGAUUAACUCGAGUAUUCGAAUUAAAUUUUGUUGCUUCGAGUAUUCGUUUAAUUAAAGUGGCAUUGUAAUGGUUUAUUUUGAGAAGUUUUAUUGAUUAGGGUGGAUACACUGCCCUCUGGUCUGCCCUAUUUCACAUGGCUGAAUCCAACUGCUCCCUGCU